ACGUGCGCCCUAAGGAACUUACAAGAAACUUGGUUUUAUGGCACAGUGCCAGCUAGUGCUUUUCGUGUAGGCAGGCUGUUACCCUUGAAGAUCUGUUUGCUAUAAACAGAUAUGAGUAGAGCAGCUGUGUAUUGGGACAGUGUGUUGUAGUUUUGUCGUGUAUUUACGUAUGGGUUUAAGUAAACAUUAUUUUUACGGUUUCGAUAUUCUGAACUCUGGAUACCGCCACAAUGAGUGGACUUUGCAAUGCAUGUGGCGAGAAGGUUAUGGGAGUAGGACAAGCAUGCCAAGCAAUGGGAAAUCUCUACCAUUCCAAAUGUUUUACCUGCAGUUCAUGUAGCCGCUCUCUACGUGGUAAGGCUUUUUAUGUCAUUCAUGGAAGAAUUUAUUGUGAAGAAGAUUACCUUUAUUCAGGCUACCAACAAACUGCUGAGAAGUGUGCUGUGUGUGAUCAUAUGAUAAUGGAAUUGAUUCUCCAAGCAGUGGGAAAAUCUUUUCACCCAGGGUGUUUUCGGUGUUGUGUGUGUAAUGAAGGACUCAGUGGUGAACCUUUCACUGUUGAUCUGGAUAACAAGAUUUACUGCCUGCGUGAUUACUAUAAAGUUUUUGCCCGUAAAUGUUCAGCAUGUGGAAAACCUAUUACUCCAAAAGAGGGAACUGAUGAAACUGUGCGGGUAGUAGCAAUGGAUAAAGACUUUCAUCAACAGUGUUUUGUUUGUGAGGACUGUGGAACACAGUUAUCCAAUGAACCUGGUAAAAGAUGCUAUCCUGUAGAGAAUCACUUGCUAUGUCAAAAGUGCCACCUUAGAAAGACUGAGACAAAAUCUUGAGAUUGUCAUGCUGAGGUUCAUUCUGUUCAAGCCAGUAAUCUUUUGUAUUCAUUUCACAAGUUGUCAUACAUCAAAAUAUUUUAUAAAAAUAUGUUUGUACAAUGAAGAAAAGAAAGAUCUAGUUAAUCAUCCAUUCUUGUCAAAGAUCAUCAUAAUUAUAUGUAACAACUCUUUAUAUAGCUUUAGUCAAAAAAUUUAAACAGUCAAUAAUUUAGAAGUGAAACUAGGCUUUCACAAGUUUUUAGUAAUUGAUUAAUCUGAGAUGAAUCCAUAUUGAAUAAAAUAAACGUUUUAUUGAAUAAAAUAAAAUGAAAAAUGAUCAAAAAACGAUGUAAUGCUUUAGUUUCUUGGUCAAAGAACAUAAAGUUUUAUAAACAUUUUCUUGGUAACCUUUAAAAUCCUGUGUACAAUUACAGCUGAGAUCUUUCAUUUAUGUAUUGUGCAACUGAUUAUGUAUGAUACUGUUGUCUUCCAAAUGAUGUUAAUAAAGAAAGAUUUUACAAAUA